CCUUUAAAAACAGUGCAGAAACGGUGCAGUGAGGGAUCAAGGUCCGAGUGAGAGCCUAUUAACCUGGUCAUCCAACUCCCUUCAUUAGUGUUUCCAUCUGAUCUGGUGCACGCGGACUCGCCCGGAGAGCCUCCACAGCUUGAGGUCAACACUCAGCUCAAGUUUGAGAAUCGGGGCGCGCCCAGCUCAGUUACACACUAUGAUCCCCACCGCUGCGUUUGGCACGCAUUCUCUGCGGAGCUGCGCUUUUUCCAGAGUUUUCCAGCUUUACCGGAGGCCAUGGAUGCGUCAGCCAGGAUUCCCUGCAGCCACACGCGAUGUCCAUGUGGAUUAUCCGCCCAUCAUCCCAACUCUCACCACCAGCUACGUCCAUGGUACAUCCUCCACAUCGCUGCUCCACAUGACCGUAGCAGAGGCUCUGCAGAGGUCUGUGGAGCGCUGGCCUGACAGAGAGGCCAUGGUUUUCCUGCAAGAUGGAGUCCGCAAGACCUUUGCACAGUUUCAGCACGAUGUGGACCAGGCUGCAGCUGGAUUGCUGGCACUUGGACUGAAGAAAGGAGACCGGCUUGGCAUGUGGGGGCCAAACACUUACGAGUGGAUCCUGUUCCAGUUUGCAACAGCCAAAGCUGGGAUCAUACUGGUGGCUGUGAACCCAGCAUAUCAGCUGCAGGAGAUAGAGUUUGCCGUGCGGAAGGUUGGGUGCAAAGCUAUAGUGUGCCCUACACAGUUUAAAACUCAGAAGUACUGCGACAUGCUGAGGAAGAUCUGUCCAGAAAUUGAGAAGUGCAGCCCAGGAGACCUCAAGAGUGCCAGCCUCCCUGAGCUCCGCUCUGUGAUUGUCCUGGAUAGUCGACAGCCAGGAAUGCUUCACUUUGAGGAUGUGAUGCAGGCCGGCAGCAGUCAGCACAUGCAGCAACUUCAGGAUCUGCAAAAGAUGAUCUCAUUUGAUGACCCCAUAAACAUCCAGUUCACUUCGGGCACAACUGGAGCGCCGAAGGGUGCCACCUUGUCCCAUCACAACAUCAUCAACAACUCCUACUUCGUUGGAAGAAGAGUGGGAUACACUUGGAGGCCUCACCCUCGCGUCUGUGUGCCGGUGCCUCUGUACCACUGCUUCGGCUCUGUGGGCGCUGGGAUGUGCAUGGCCGUCCAUGGCAUCUCUGUCAUCUUUCCUUCUGCGGGAUACGAUGGAAAGGCCAACUUGGCAGCUAUGGAGAGUGAAAGGUGCACCUUCAUCUACGGCACACCCACCAUGUAUAUUGACAUGCUCAACCAGCCAGACCUCGCUAAGUAUGACUUAUCGUCAGUGGAGACGGGCAUCGUGGCUGGUGCACCCUGUCCUCAAGAACUUGUGAAGAAAGUCAUAUCUCAGCUGGGUGUGAAGGAAAUAACAGUUGGAUAUGGCACCACAGAGAACAGCCCCGUGACGUUCCUCGCCUCCCCACUGGACAACAUGGAGAGGAAGUCCGAGACUGUUGGCUACAUCGGGGAGCACUUGGAGGCUAAAAUAGUCGACCCUGCAACCGGGAUUGUCGUGCCUCUGGGUACUCCGGGGGAGGUGUUGAUCAGAGGAUACUGUGUGAUGUUGGAGUACUGGGGUGACGCAGCAAAAACAGAUGAAUGCAUCACUAAAGACCGAUGGUACAAAACCGGUGACAUUGGGACUAUCGACGCAUACGGCUACUGCAGGAUCGAAGGCAGGAUUAAAGACAUGAUCAUCAGAGGAGGAGAGAACAUUUACCCGGCAGAGAUCGAACAGUUUCUGCACAAAUACCCCAAAAUUAAAGAGGCGCAGGUGGUGGGAGUUAAAGAUGAGCGUAUGGGUGAGGAGCUCUGCGCCUGCAUCAAACUGGUGGACGGCGUGGACUGCACAGCAGAAGAAAUCAAAGCUUACUGCAAGGGACAGAUCUCUCAUUUCAAGAUUCCUCGUUACAUACUUUUUGUAACCAGCUACCCACUCACAGUUACUGGAAAGAUCCAAAAGAACAAACUGCGUGACCAAGCUGAGAAGGAGCUGCACCUGAAGGAGGGAAAAUGAAAAGCUCCAGCCAUGUAUGGAAGGAAUUUGAUUUACUAUAUGCAAUCAGAACAUCUUAAAACAAAUGAAAAUAAGAGACAGUCUGAGCUUUCUGUGGAAAGUCUACUGUGCAACCCCAUAGAGGCUAAGUAUAUCCUCCUGUGACUGGUAGUUGAAGGGGGAUGAGUGUCCUUAGCUAUUGUAGUCCCCCCUCCAUACAAUGUCCCUCAUCUGCUGCAGAAAAUAGUCCCAGAUAGAAACACUAUGUCCUCAUGCCUUUAACCCCAGAACACUAACGUGCAGUUUUGUCAUAACGAUGAUAAUUAUCAUUGUCGAAACUAAAAUUCCAGGCGUUGGUGUUUUAGGGUUAAAGGCAUUUAUAUGAAGUUAUACAUUUUAGUCUUUUUUUUUUUUUUAACAGUUGGAAAAAUAUUAAGUGACAGCUGUUUUUUCAUUUUAUAAAUCCUGCAGUUUGAUUACAUGUGUGUACCUGAAAUGUUAAUCCAACUCAUGCAGAAUGAUCUGGAGACCUUUUUCAUUUUUAAUGAUGUCACUACUUUUUAUUUAGCAGAAAGCUACAAAAGUC